AUGAAUCCAAUACAUAAUCUGUUUCGAAGAGCAUCAUCUAAGGUCAACGUAAAGAAGACCAUAUCGCAAGUUCGUACAGUACUUAAUGGACGGACAGAAGAUGAACAAGUUAAACAUAUUUUGCGGACAUUGAAUAAUACAAUACAUAAAGCGGCACCAAUCAUUGAAUAUGUGAUUGAUGAUGUCUCAUCGAGAUUUUCAAAAACAAAAGAAUCUACAAUAAAUCCUUCAUUACGUAAUGGUACAUCUCCUCUAUACGUAGUAAAAACAAUAUUUGAUGAUGCUCCAACUGAAAAAGAAGUUAUUGGUGCUAUAUCAUUAAUCGUAUGGAGUUUGAUUGUUGUAGUAUCUUUAAAAUAUGCUAUAUUUAUAUUAAUGGCAGAUAAUCGUGGUGAAGGUGGUCCAUUUGCUUUAUGUAGUUUAUUGACAGGUCCAAUAAGUAAUCUUCGUUAUCGCACAAAACAAUUUGUUAGUGUUAUAUCAAUUAUUGCUGCUUGUUUAUUGAUAGGCGAUGGUGCUCUUACACCAGCCGUAUCAAUUCUAUCAGCAUUUGAAGGUUUAGUUGUUGCUAAACCAUCACUUGCACCAUGGACAGUACGAAUAUCUGUAAUCAUUAUAAUAAUUUUAUUUCUAUUUCAAAGAUGGGGUUCAUCACGUCUCGGAAUUUUUUUUGGACCAAUUAUGAUUUUAUGGUUUAUUUUAUUAGCAACAAUUGGUAUAUGGCGUAUAACAUAUAAACCUUCAAUAUUAAGAGCAUUUAAUCCAUGGGAAGCAUUACAUUAUUUAAUUCGAGAAGACAAGACAGGUUUCUAUCAAAUUGGUUCAAUAUUCUUAUCAGUUACUGGUUUAGAAGCAAUGUAUGCUGAUUUAGGACAUUUUGGACGAUGGCCUGUGAGAUUUUCAUGGUUUGCUGUGGUUUUUCCAGCUGUUUUACUUAAUUAUUUAGGACAAGGAGCAGUCAUUAUUUUAAAUCCAGCAUUUAUUGAUAAUCCUUUUUAUCAUGCAGUACCACAUUGGGCAUUAUGGCCUGUUCUUGUCUUUUCAGUUAUAGCAGCAACAAUAGCUUCGCAAGCAAUUAUUACUGGUUCAUUUUCAUUAGUUUCUCAAGCUAUUGCAAUAGGAUUUUGUGUACCAUUUCCUGUAAUUCAUACAUCUCGUUCAAUAAUUAGUCAUAUUUAUGUUCCAGCUAUUAAUUAUUUUCUUUUAGCAUUAACUCUUGCUGUAACAAUUGGAUUUCAAACAAGUGAUAACAUAACCGAUGCGUAUGGUGUAACAGUAUGUAGUGUUAUGGUUUUAACAACAAUUCUUUAUAUGAUGGUAAUGCGUUAUACUUGGUUGAAACCAAUUUGGCUUGUUGUAUUAUUUGGAAUAUUUUUAAUCAUUGAUUUAUAUACAUUUGCAGCAAUAUGUACUACUAAAAUUCCUUCAGGUGGUUGGGUUGCUAUUAUUAUUGCAUGUGGUAUUUUUAUAGUUUCAUUUAGUUGGUAUUAUGGAAAUAUUCGUCUUCAAUAUUAUCUAUCUCAACAUUGCAAAACAAAUUUAAUAGAAAAUUUACCAGCUCGGUUUGGUGGUCUUCAAGAUUCUUAUCAUGCAGCAAAUAAUAUUGAUAAUGAAACAGAAUUCAAUGAAAGUCCAGACGACGAUGAUGAUGAUGAUGAUGAUGAUGAAGAAGAUCAAAGAAAAAGCAAACGAUUAAAUAAUAAUUCAAAAACAAUUUCAGUUUCUACUAUAGAGAAUCAGUCUAGUGUGGUAUCAAUAGAAAAUAUCGAAGAAAAUCGUUUAAUCGAACCUGAUGUAACAAUAACUCCAGGUGUUGGUUGUUUUUUAACAACAUCAAAAAAAUAUACGCCAUAUGUGUUCGAAAAUUUUCUUUGUCGAAUGCAUGCUCAUCAAGAAAUAUUAGUAUUUCUUAAACUUGAUUGUGCACGAAUGCCAAGUGUUGAUGAUGAUCAACGAUUGAUUAUUCGAGCUUAUGGAAAAAAUAUUUAUCAUAUUUCAGCUAUAUUUGGUUAUACAGAAACAAAUAUUAAUCUUUUUAAUAUACUUCAUUUAGCAAGACAAUAUUAUGAUGUUCCUAUAUCAGCUAAUGAAUCAUCAAUGACAUUUUAUCUUCCUGAUGAAACUAUACAUGUUAAUACACACGGAUGGAAAACUUGGUUAAGACGAUGGCCUUUAUAUGCUUAUUCGAUUUUAAAAACUUUAUAUCCCGGUAUGCCAUUAAAUUUUAAAGCAAUGCCACAAAAUACAAUUAAAGUUGGAACACUUGCUGAUUUGUAA